AUUAUGAAUAAUAAUUAUAGUUUUUCUAAUUACAAUUCAUAGCAACAAUUUUAGAGAGCAGAGAGACGAACGAGAUAGAAAGAGACCUAAAAUGUGAGUAUGUUGUAUUAAGAUACAACGUGCAUUUCAAUUGAAAUUAAAAUACAUAGAUCACAAAUACAUAAUUUUCUCAUUCCCCUAAAUCUCCUCGCCUCUCUCCUCUCUCUCAAUCUCGACACACAAGUGUACAAAUAUACAUAUUAGUUUUGAAACUGAAAUAUAGAUAUAUAUACACAUUGUACCACCGCAAAAUAAAUCUAUAAAUCUCUGUAUCAAGUUUUUUCUUAUAUAUAAGUUAUAAUACUUUUCAAUAUAGUUCUAUUAUACUUUUCAAUAUAACUUAUCCACCCAAAACUAUAUCAAACUUUCAACGCUUUCACAUUAAGGACAUUAUGUGUAUCAAUUACUGUGGCGAGUUGGUCAACAUUCCCUUAUUUAUUUUUAUUUAUCGAUUAUAUUAUUGCGGUGAGUUGAUGAACACUUAUUUAAUUAUUUUUAUUUAUCCAUUAUAUUAAAAUAUAACUUCAGUCUGUGACCGAAUAUUUUAAGUGAUAUAAUCUCGGAGAUUUUGUGAUAUGGUUGAAGAUACUCAAUAUUAUCGACAAUAUUGCGUAUCAAUUUGUAUAUAAGAUUCCCCAGGAUAGUUAGCUCGUUUAACAGAGCAGCCAUGGAUUUCCUUUUGAUUGCCGUCACUGUAGGUAGCUCCUUUAUCUUUUUCUUCUUUCUUCGCAAGCAAUUUUUCUCAGCUAAAACAGAGAGUAUAAUUAGAAGGGUACCUGAAGCUGGCGGAGCAUGGCCCAUUAUCGGCCAUCUCCAUCUUCUCGGUGGAUCCGAAACUGAUCAGUUACCUCACAAAAUCAUGGGCCGCAUGGCAGAUAAGUACGGGCCUAUUUUCGGAAUGAAGCUUGGAGUUCAUCAGGCUAUAGUUGUGAGCGAUCCCAAAUUAGCCAAAGAAUGCUUCACAACAAACGACUUAGCCCUAGCGAACCGGCCCAAAUCAAUGGCUUCAGAGGUAAUAGGCUACAACCACGCUAUGUUUGCACUAACUCCUUACGGACCUUACUGGAGAGAAACAAGGAAGAUUGCCACAAUUGAGCUUUUCUCCAAUCGGCGAAUCGAGAUGCUCAAACACAUCCGAGAAUUUGAGGUAAAAUCAGGGAUUAAAGAGAUUUAUAAUAACUGGGAGAACAGUAAUUUAAAUGGUGUUGUGAAGAUGGAGAUGAAGGAAUGGAUUGGGGAUAUAGUUAUGAACACUAUGGGGAGAAUUUUAUUCGGAAAAGGGCGCAGUAGUAAUGAGGAAGAAGGAAUAAAUAAGGCUCACAAAUCAAUAAGAAGAUUUUUUGAACUGUUAGGGACUUUUGUUGUGGCUGAUUUUAUACCUUAUUUAAGAUGGCUGGAUAUAGGAGGCCAUGAGAAGGCAAUGAAGCAGACUGCUAAAGAAAUGGACUCUUUUGUUGAAGAAUGGUUAGCAGAGCACAAAACGAAAAGGGUUUCUAAAGGAAUUAUUAAAUCUGGUGAAGGAGAAGAUUUCAUGGAUGUCAUGCUUUCCAUUUGUGAAGACAGAGAUCUGCCUGGAUUUGAUGCCGAUACUGCUAUCAAAGCUAACUGCAUGGGUCUACUAUCGGCAGGUACGGACACUACAAUCGUAACUUCAAUAUGGACUUUAUCUUUACUCCUAAACAAUUACAAUGCACUAAAAAAGGCCCAAGAUGAGCUAGAUGUGCACGUUGGAAAGAAUAGAUGGGUCCAAGAAUCGGAUAUCAAGAACUUGAUUUAUCUUCAAGCUACUGUCAAAGAAGCAUUACGUUUAUAUCCAGCUGGACCUAUCUCUGUACCACACGAAUCGAUAGAGGAUUGUGUUAUUGGUGGCUACGAUAUACCAAAAGGCACUCGCUUAUUGUUGAACAUAUGGAAGAUUCAUCAUGAUCCUAAUAUAUGGCCACAUCCUCACGAGUUUAAGCCAGAGAGGUUCUUGACGACCCACGAUGAUGUCGAUGUAAGGGGCAAUCACUUUGAGUUGUUACCUUUUGGUAGUGGAAGAAGAAUGUGCCCUGGAAUUUCAUUGGCCCUUAAAGUGGUGCCCUUUGUAAUAGCAGUGCUGCUGCAGGGGUUUGACAUGAAGAGGCCUUCGGAGGAACCAAUUGAUAUGAGUGAGAGCUUUGGAUUGACAGUCCUCAAGGCUUCUCCGCUCGAAGUUCUCCUUGCUCCACGCUUGGCUCCCGUUCUUUAUGAAUGAAAUGCUGACAAAUUUGUGCCUCAUGCCACUGUUGUAUAUUAGUUUGUAAUAUUAUUGUGAAAAUAAUAAUGGAACUUCAAAAUUCCUACAUUUCUUUGUUAACAACUUG